AUGACCUCGAACUUCACUCACCCUCUGGAGAAAACUAAAGGCAAAGAAGCGAAACUACUUUCGUUUGAAACACCAAACAAUGGAAGAAAUCGGAAAAGUUGUACGUGCAUCCGCUUCACGUCGACGUAUGGUAAAGAGCGCGGCAUAUUCAGCAGCCCCGACUACCCACGCCCCUACCCGUCACACAUUGACUGCCUCCUCUACACAUUUGUGGCGGCGCCGCACGAAAUUGUCGAACUCGUGUUCACCGACUUUGAAAUACACAAGGAACAUGUCGAGUGA